AUGGCUCUGGAGAAGUCCUUUAGCCUGUUCCCACUGCUAGUUCUGGCACUGCUGGUGCUGGACUGGGUCCCACUAUCCCUGGGCAAGGAAUCCCAGGCUAUGAAGUUCCUGCGGCAGCACAUGGACUCAGACAGUUCUCCCAGCAAUCCCAGCUACUGCAACCUAAUGAUGCAGCGUCGGAAUAUGACCAGGGGAUGGUGCAAGCCAGUGAACACCUUCAUCCAUGAGCCCCUGGUCGAUGUCCAGGCUGUCUGCUUCCAGAAAAAGAUUUCCUGUAAGGAUGGUCAGAGCAUCUGCUACCAGAGCAAUGCUAGGAUGAACAUCACAGACUGUCGCUUGACAGGUGGCUCCAAGUACCCCAACUGUACCUACCGGACUAGCCAGAAAGAAAGGUACAUCAUUGUGGCCUGUGAGGGGAAUCCAUAUGUGCCAGUCCACUUUGAUGCUUCUGUGGAGAGCUCCACAUAAAGCCACGGUAUCAAGACAUGACCAUUCCCCAACCUUACCACUUCCAUCUCAGCCUCUUCUUCCUUUCUUGCCCUGAAACAACUCCAUUGGCUCCUAUCCAACGUGCAUAUGUUCCUCCCUGAGUUUUGUUCCUGCAUGGCUCUAGGGGUGAAGAGUGGGUUGUGAGGUGGGCCCAUGGAAACUUCCUUCUUUGCUUGUAUUAAUAAAAGCCAGUUGCAGCCACUUGAUUCUGGAAAUAACCCUUCAUGCUCUCUUUCUCUGGUUGUUUUCCAGAAAAAGAUAAGAUCAUAUGUCUGGUUAGUUUUUAUCAGUGAGUGGAGUAAUUAAAUGUCUUCCAUUCUGGUUCCUGGC